AGCGGAAGGGGCGCGCGGCCGGCCGGGCGCACAGAUGGCGGAACGGAAGCUCCUUGUUCUCUUUGGCAGCCAGACUGGGACAGCUCAAGAUACAGCUGAGAGAAUUGGCAGGGAAGCCAAGCGGCGUCACUUUCACUGCAGGGUAGAGGCCCUGGAUAGUUACCCUGUGGCGCAGCUGAUCCAGGAGCUGCUGGUGGUAUUUGUGUGUGCAACCACAGGCCAGGGGGACCCGCCUGACAACAUGAAGAAUUUCUGGAGGUUUAUCUUCCGAAAGAACCUGUCCCCCGCCUCCCUUUGCCAGAUGGACUAUGCCGUGCUGGGCCUCGGAGACUCCUCCUAUCCCAAGUUUAAUUUUAUUGCGAAGAAGCUGCACAAGCGGCUGCAGCAGCUCGGGGCCAGCCCCAUCCUGCCAGUCGCCUUGGGAGACGACCAGCACGACUUGGGGCCGGAUGCAGUGGUUGAUCCCUGGCUACUGGACUUGUGGGGAAGGAUCCUACCCUUGUACCCUCUGCCUCCUGGCCUUGGCAUUAUCAGCCCAGAUGUCCUUUUACCCUCCAAGUUCACGUUUCAUUUUCUGGAUGAGCGCUCCAGUGGCUGCGAUGGAGAGGCAGCCAGGCAGGCCACCUCAGAGCUGCACCCCUUUGCUGCCCGGGUGGUGUCCAACCUCAGAGUCACGGCGGAAUCACACUUUCAGGACGUCCGGCUCAUUGAGUUUGAUAUCACAGGCUCUGGGAUUGAGUACAGUGCGGGAGACGUGGUGAUGAUCCAGCCCCGGAAUGCCCCUGAGGACGUGCAGCAGUUCUGCCAGCUCCUGCGCCUGGAUCCAGACAGAUGCUUCGUGCUGAAACCCUCUGAGCCCAGAACCCCCCUUCCUGCCCACUUGCUGCAGCCGUGCACCAUCCAGCACCUGGUCGCCUGCUACCUGGACAUUUCCUGUGUUCCCCGUCGCUCUUUCUUCGAGCUCUUGUCUUGGUUCUCGCCAAACGAACUGGAGCGAGAGAAGCUACAGGAAUUCAGCUCUGCGCAGGGCCAGGAGGAGCUCUACAGCUACUGCAACCGGCCCCGCAGGACCACGUUGGAGGUCCUCUGCGAUUUCCCUCACACCACUUGUGCUGUUCCUCUUGACUACCUGCUGGACCUCAUCCCCCGUAUCCAGCCCCGUGCCUUUUCCAUCGCCUCCUCCAUGCUGGUUCUCCCCAACAGACUCCAGAUCCUUCUGGCUGUGGUGCAGUACAAGACACGUCUCAGCAAACCCCGACGUGGCCUCUGCUCUACCUGGCUGGCAUCCCUCCACCCUCAACAAGGGGAUGUCCGGGUUCCUCUGUGGGUGAAGAGAGGAGGGAUGAAGUUCCCUGUGGAGCCAGACACCCCUAUCAUCAUGAUUGGCCCUGGCACGGGAGUGGCACCCUUCAGAGCAGCCAUACAAGAGCGUGUUGCACAUGGCAGGAAAGGGAACUAUUUAUUUUUUGGCUGCCGCCAGAAAUCCAAGGACUUUUACUGCGGGGCUGAGUGGCAGGAGCUGGUGAAGAGCGGGCACUUGACUCUCUUUACAGCCUUCUCCAGGGACCAGGAGGAGAAGAUUUAUGUUCAGCACCGAAUUAGAGAGAACCAAGGACUGGUAUGGGAUCUGCUGAGCCGUGGGAACGCUCACAUCUACCUGGCGGGAAAUGCCAAGCAAAUGCCGGCAGCAGUAGCAGAAGCCCUAAAAUCCGUGUUCCAACUGGAAGGGGACCUGUCCCCCUCAGAAGCUGAGGAGUAUCUAACAACCUUGGAAAGAUCCCGUCGCUUCCAGAUGGAAACCUGGUCGUGAGCCUGGAGCCAAGCCUGGAACAGCCUGUUCCUGGCUAUUCCCCUGGCCUGCCAAAUGCUUGUAGCUAUGUGGGAGUGUCCAGGCCCAGACAACACCCAAUAAACCCACUAGCACCUUGUGUCAGCCUCACAGUUCAGUGCCAGGGUGUCUCAACCAGCACAGUUGCCCUGCUAGUGACAGAGGGGAAACUGAGGCACAAAGGGGGGAAAUGGCUUGCCCAAGGUUAAGUGAGUCCAUAGCAGAAUCACGAGUAUAUCCAGUCAUCCACCCAUGUAAACAAGACCGUGGUGUCCUGUAUAUCAUCUCCGAGAGUCUGCCUCCAGCUGCAGAGUGGUGAUGUCAUGUAGGGAAGAUAGUGAGUCCUUGAAUACUUGGACGAGGUGUCACUGAUGCCAGUUCACCUUCCGGAGUCUGCAAGUAGCCUGAACGCAUGACUCAGAGAUGUGUGAGCUUCCCCGUUCCUCCAGGAGCUGAGCUGACACCUACUAAGGACAGUUUAAAUGGGGCAUAAGUAACUGGUUCCCUGCCAAGUCCCUAAUGGCCUCCUGUAUCACCUCCGAGCCAGCAGCCAAGCCUCCUCCCACGCAGUUCUGUGCCAUGCAGGCAGUUGAAAAUGGGGUGAAGGGAGGGGGCUGCUGUCCAGUGGAGCCACAGACCCAGUGAAUGGAUGCAGAACCUGCACUUGGAAUCUGGAGGUGGGGAGGGGGGCCUGCUGUUUAGUUGGCCAGGGCCCAGCUGCACCUGGGCGGGGAGAACUUCUCCAGGAGCCACAUUCACUCUCAGCAACAGCUGUGUGCAGGGCUCCUGGCGAAGGUAGCCAGUGCUUUCACUGGACGCUCAUGCCCAACCCCUUCCUAGGCUCAGGGGUGCUGGCACAUGGGUCCCUGCUGGCAGAAAUGGGGCUGGAAGCAGCGCCUGUGCCCCACACAUCCUCGUGCUGCAGUACAAAGACCAGAGGGAGGGGUGCACCCACCACCACAAGUCAGUUUCUUCCCGGCUGUCUGCGGCUCGAGGUGGAGCACUACAGCGCUGCAGGUUAGCUGCACAGCUCACUUUUCUUCUGUUUGUUUGUUGUUUAGCACAGACUUGGGUGUUCGGGGGCUCCCCGCCCCUUUCUUUGUAAUCAGGGCCUGCUUUGACCUCGACCCUGUGUGUUGGUGGCCUUCCCCAGAUGAGUUAGGCCAAACCCCUGGGUUCAAACCCUGCCAGACCUGUCACAGACCAUUCCGCCUGCCUCCGCUACUUCAGAGAGCCUCACGUCCCCCUAAGCAUAGGGGCUGCUCCAGCUUCGAGAGCAGAUCCAGGGAGCUGAGGGGAGAGUUAUGAAGCCUGUGGAGUCCGAUUCCCCCCCCACCCCCAACCCCGUUGUAGCUGCUCGGGGAGCACUCCGGUGCCUGAAGAGCUCAUGGUGCAGCUUAGGAUACUUUGAAACGUCAGCGGAGGGAAAGGCCCCAUUCACCAGAAAGAGAGACUCAAACGAAGGGAAAAGUCUCCUCUCCUCUAAUGCCAGGGAGCAAGGAGGCCUCACGUCCUGGUGUGGAGACUGCUGAGGCUUCUCCCUGCCCUAGGACCAACAGGAAUCCUCUGGCAAGCAGCCCCAGGAUCAGAGCCCUCCAAAUAGAGGGGCAGCUUAAAGGAAUCCUCUUAGACACAUGCUCCGGUAUUGUCUUCCCAGGGUCACAGCCACAGAGAGCACACGAACCGUUCAUCUGUACCAUCUCCAGCACUGCUCAGCGUGGCCUCACCCGCAGGAACGGGAUCCAAGUUCACCAUUACCAACCAGGUUGCUUUCCCGUGAGGAUCCCUGAGUCAUGGAAGAACCUGAAUCCUCUCUGCUGAGAGAUAUCGACUAAGAUUACUUGCUGAUGUAGUAGGAAGAGGGCCUGAAACAUAAGCCCAUGUAUCAGAAGCCUGGUAUGGGGCCUGAGGCCUGGGCUAAAGUAGUCAAAACUUUGCUGAUAUAAAGCAAUGUUAAGUUGUGAGCAAGAGGCAGGCCCUGCUCACAGAAUCUGGCAAGAACAGGGCUAAUAUUGCAGAAACACACAUUCCUGAGUGCUGCUAGGCAUAAGAAUAUAAACACAAGCACAUUCCAGGAAGGUGGUACCAGAACACCUCGAUGCCAAACACAUUCCCCAAAGAGAGCAGGAACGCACCAACCCAUCCUACAGAUAAGGUCAGGAUGACAGUGUGAUGGAUAGAGACGUACAAGGUGAUGAGAGGUAACUGGCUACAUCAGAGGGUGUCAACUAACUACAUCAGAGGGACAGUGUGUAACUUGUUCGUACUGAUGUAUUAAAAGGUAUCUCAGAGGGAGUGUCUUUGGCUGGCCUGGGGUUAAUGGACUGAGCUAGUCCGUUGCAACGGGCACGCAUGUGUUUGUGUACCUGUAACCAUAGAGCCAGGGCACUGGGACUGUGCUUCGUUGGCAAUAAACCUGAUCAUGUGCCUUCCCUAUUAAA